CUGCAAUAAAAUAAAAUGACAGCCAAGUGACAGCUCCUGUCAAACACCCCAAUUUAUUAUUGUUGUUAUUGCAGUUAAUUCCCAUCAAUUGCACGCGCGGAGCCUUCGCGAGCCACCAAAACACCACUUCCACCUCCGCGCCCGCGAAAUUGGCUCCAACGUGCCACUUACUUUUAUAGGUUAGAAAUGGGCUGUGAUUAAAUUAGCCACAUUUAAGAUGUGUGCGGCCGCCAAUCUCACCGCAUUCACAUACUGGCCGGCAGUCGAGACCCACAUACCAGAAAAUUCCAUCCAGACUUACCCCACAACGAAUUUCGUACCCGACAGCCCCAAAAGCAAGUUCUUGCGACAGUCCAUGUUUUUCUUCAACAACAUCACGAAACAGGAGUUCGUGCCGAUCGAGAAGAGCGACACUAAGCAGAUUCUCACGCCCCUGAACGCGGUGCAGUUCACUAGCGAGCCUGAAAUCAAGCAGGAAGACGGGAGGGUUAAGAAGAGUUUGGGGGAGAAGGCGAGACCGUACUUUUGUGAUGAGUGCGGGAAGUCGUUUCUUUUGAAGCACCAUUUGACCACGCACGCACGCACGCACACGGGGAUCAGGCCACACGUGUGCACGCACUGCGGGAAGAGUUUCACCCAUAAACAUUGUUUGAAUACCCAUAUGUUGCUUCAUUCGAGUGACAGGCCGUAUCAGUGUUUGGAAUGCAAGAAGAGUUUCACGUUGAAGCACCACCUAAUCACGCACAGUAAAGUGCACAGUCGGGACAAGCCAUUUGUGUGUACAGAGUGUGGGCAGGCUUUUCCAGUGAAGCGCCAUUUGACCACCCAUAGUAAGUUUCACGCCGGGGAAAGACCGUACGUGUGCGAGGACUGCGGAGAAUCCUUCGCACAAAAGGAGCACCUGGUGAUGCACUCCCGCUUCCACGGCUCACUCAACUCCUUCGCCUGCAGCGACUGCGGCGCCACCUUCACCCGCAAGUUCGAACUGGUCAACCACGGCCGCCUCCACGGUAAACAACCCCACAGCUGCGUCGUCUGCAACAAAGAGUUUUUCCAAAAACGCACCCUCCUCGCCCAUAUGCGCUGCCACAACGGGACCUACCCCUUCACAUGUUCGAGCUGCGGCGAGUCCUUCCAGUCCAAGCAAGACCUCACCUCGCAUAUCAAAUCAAACCACUCGAAUCAAUCGCAAAUCAAGCAAAUCUGCAGCGACUGCGGCUGCGUUUUUAACACCGCGGAAGCGCUAGCCCUCCACGUGAAACUACACUCCGGGGAUUCCUCCCUCGUGAACGACCUCUGCGUGUUGACGUCCGGGCUGAACAACACGAUCUCCAACGUACAAAGUUUGAACAAAUCAAAGAGUUACGUGUGUCAGCACUGUUCCAAAGGGUACAGUGCUAAACAUGGGUUGCAGCAGCAUAGUAAGAAACACCCGGAUGGUAGCUGUGCCUUAAGAUCUCACGUCUGUAAUGUGUGUAGUAAGGGGUUUUUCCAAAAGAACCAUUUGUUGUUGCACCAGAGGCAGCACAUGGAUCCGAGUGAGAGGAAGGGGGAUUAUCGGGGACAGAGUGACGUCAAGUCGCGCGAAAAAUCGUAACUUUUCUGUGAUUGGUUGAGAACAAGUGCCAUGGGGCUGUUGGUAAUCACGCUGUGUUUUAUGCUUUAAUUUCUGAUGUAAUAAUGACUUAGAAAAUCGUGUUUAGUGCUAGCGUUUACCUUAUUUAUGUAAAGUAGACUUAGGAAGAGCGAUUUAAACAUUCAAUUGUUACGGUCUUAUCUAUAAAAUACACCGUCGGAGGAAGAUUUGUCUUCUUUUAGCCACCGGAA